CGGUCCGUUAAUCAGUACUAUACCGAUAUAUUCCUUCCUUAUUUGCUGCCUUCACACGGAAUACCAGCAUCAUCAAUCAUGUCCUCACUGCGCUAUUUGCACAUUUCCAUGGCACUGUGGGCGUUACUGCUGAUUGUGCCGCUGCCGACGGUGCUGGGCCAGUCCAACUCGACCUCGUCCGGAAGUAGCCUGAGCGCCUUGUUGCCAUUGCUCCUGCUGAUGAUGAGCCAGCAAGGCCAGGUGCCGUUGCCCACCGGCGGGGGCGGCGGCUUCAUCCCGGUGGGCGGCGGUGGACGCGCCGGGUCAUCCAGUGAAGAGGGCCGACGCGGCGGUGGCGGCGGCGGAUUUGUGCCGAUUCCCUCGGCGGGACUGCCGCCGGGCGGCGGUUUCGGAGGCGGAGGAUUCGGAGGCGGAAGCGGUCUGGGCUUUGGGCUGGGCGCGCUGCUAGGUAGGCGAAAGCGUCAAUUGGAGGAGCAGCUGGGACAGCUGACGCAACGACUGCCCACUGCUGCUGCUGCAGGCAGCCUCCUGGCGCCGGCCGCUCCCGUAUCCGGCGGAAGUGGAGGAGGUCCGGCGGCGGCUGGUGACAACGCGGGAGAACUGCUGCCCGACUUCCUGGCGGUGCCGCGCCUCAGUCUGGAGCGGAUGCGCUCCCUGCAGCUCAGUGCGGCGCCCGACAACUGGAGGGAUCUGGCGGCGCUCCUGCAGAACGACGAGGACUUCCGCCGGCUACUGCGGGCGGCCACCAACGCCACUGACAAGGUGCCGGAUUCCGCGGAAACCAGCACCGCGGCGGAACACACGACCGCCGCUGCCGGCGGCCACGACAGCGUCAACGGCACCAUGGCAAGCAGCUGUCUUCCAAGCGACAACACGUGCUCGCCGUGAGCCUACUUCAGGCUUUUAAUACAUUUCUUUUUCUACUUAAUUUUGUGCAAUUUUAUACGUCUGAAUAAUCUAGUUGUCAGAUUGAUAGCGUCCAAUAUCAUAAUUGCGUGGGGCACCAAUGAAUUGCGCACCUUGAGACAAUUUUAACCCGGCCAUAAACAACGUUCAACGCAAUCAUUUUAUGAACUUCUGGAAGAAGAAACCUAAUAAUUAUUGUGUUGCUGGUCUCAAUGAUGGUUAACCACUUCUCAAAUAUGCACAUAUUGAUAUCUGUAGUAGGUUCAUUCAGUGGAACUGGGAGUUGGGAAAUACGGCUCAUAUCUGC